AUGGCGGCGGCGUUGGUGGUGGUGUUGCGGAGGGGGAGGGGAUGUCGGGGUGGGGGGAAGGGGAAAGGGAGGCGGGGGCGGGGAUGGGGAGGUUGUGGUGGUGCCGUUGGUGGUGCCGUUGGUGGUGGUCAUGGUGCUGGUGGUGGUGUUGGUGGUGCUGUUGGUGGAGGUGUUAGUGUUGGUGGUGGUGGUGGUAGAGGAGAUGUCAUUGGUACGAAUUAUAGGACGGAUCAAGGAUCCGUCGGUCAAGGUAGUGACGUUGUUGGAUCCUGGAAUGGCGAGAGGUGGGAUUACAGGAUCGGUUUUGGCCAUGAUGGAGGCCCAGACCCAGGUAACCCGGUUGGAGGCUGCUCCGAUGAGGGACCUCGGGAUCGGAUCCAGAAUAGUUACUCCCAGAAUGAGAGAGUGAUUGGGCUCGAUCUCAUCGCUGAAGGAGCUUUUGAUCUUGCCAUGCGGCCAUGA